UACAGAAAUGAGGCAAGAAACCUUUGAGAUGGCAGGAGAAUUUUCAAAAUAGUAUCCAUACUAUUAAAAUUUCUUGUUGAUGUGCAGCUAAUAUAACAUAUUAGGUAGGAUUUGUACCAAGUUAUAAGUUAAUAUUGAUAAUAAUCAUGUGGGAAUGGAAGGACUUCACAGAAGUGAGACGUUGGCAUGUCCUCCACUUGGUCCUGUGUGUGACAUUCUUCAUAGCAUCCCUAAUGAUCAAUGCAGUCCAGUUCAUCCUAUAUUUCACCAUCCGACCCUUCAACAAAUCUCUGUACAGAAACAUCAACUAUUACCUCAUGUAUAGCAUCAUGGCACAGAUAUUGUUCCUGGCUGAGUGGUGGUCAGGGUCAGAGGUGCGGGUGUACACAGACCCUGAGGACAGAAAGCUGUGGGGCCGAGAGCACUCGCUCAUCAUCAUGAAUCAUACGUAUGAAGUUGACUGGCUCAUGGGCUGGAUGGUGGCUGAUAGAUGUGGCGUCUUGGGGGCAGCAAAAGUGUUUGUGAAGAAGAUGAUGCAGUAUGUGCCUACCAUCGGAUGGGCCUGGCAUUGUUCGGACAUCAUCUUCUUGAGUCGUAACUGGCAGGAAGAUAAAUCCAUCAUGCAGUCCCAGAUCAAGGAGUUUUAUGACUACCCCUACCCUAUAUGGAUGCUGCUGUUUGCUGAGGGCACACGCUUCACGCAACAGAAGCACCAGGCGUCCAUGGAGUUCGCCAGGGAGCGCGGCCUGCAGCAGCUCAAGCGCCACCUCAUCCCUAGGACCCGAGGCUUCAUCCAGUGCGCCCAGAGCCUCCAGGGACACUUCCCCGUCAUCUACGACGUCACUGUUGGAUUUAAUACGAAGGAAGGAGCUGAGCCUACGGUGCUGAACAUGCUGCAGGGACGUCGCGUGGUGGGAGAAAUGUACAUUCGCCGGUUACCUCUGAGAGAUGUACCUGUAGGGGACGACCAGAAGACCUCCCAAUAUCUACAUAAUCUCUACCAGACCAAGGACCGUCUGCUGGACAGCUACUGUAACACGGGAAGCUUCACCAGCCAAAACGAUAUGCCCAAUUACUCGGUGGUCACCCUGGAGCGUCGAUGGUACUCACUCCUGAACGUGAUGGCGUGGGUGAGCAUCGCCGUCUACGGAGGAGUGAGGGUCAUGUGGAGCGCCUCCCUCCUGCUGCAGUGCACGGGGGCUCUCAUUUUCCUCCUGGCAUAUGUGGGCUUGUACAAGCUCAUUGGCUUGACGAAGAUCACAAAGGGUUCCGAAUAUGGUAAGACCUCUCCCACCACACACUCCCCUCCGGCAUCUUCCCCACUCGCUCCCUCUUCCACUUUGUCAGGCAAUUCCAAGAAAGUGGAAUGAUUCUUAGCAUUCCUUGGAGCUUGGUAUGUCGUCUUGUUGAAGCCAUGUCGUCGUUUGCAUGGCAAUCUGUUGCAGGCUGACCCAUGACACUCUGAUGUAAUUUCCGCUAGUACUCUGCAGUUAUUAAUACCCCAUGUAUUGCGGAAUAUAACUUUUACCAAUAUGUAAUAAAGUAAAGAAAGUGGGGGAACAAAAACUUUACACUGAGACGUGCUGCACGGACUGGGCAUUGAGUUUGGGUUUGAUGAUCAUGGGUGAGUGUUGUGCGGACUAUGGGAUAGAUCGUAUGCAUUCUAGUGCAAAUUUCGGUACAUUUCUUCCAGUCACAGGACUGCGUGUUCCACUUCUGCCAGUACUUAAUUGUUAAUUAAUUAGGAAACCAUUACGUUGAUUGAAUGUUUGUGGCUGAACUGUGGAGCUUAGUUCUUGGGUCAUCGCAAUUUUUGCAGCGUUUCCCGUGUCACUUCCUGGCGUUAUGCUGGUGUCUAUCAGUGUUAUUUACACCCUCCAGUCAGAUAUGCAAUGUGGGUCGAUUACUUGAACUUGAUCCAAAGGCGCAUUUUCUACAAGAGUCCAUGUGAUCACUCCGACCUCCAAUACAUACCAACCCACUGUCAGCUUCGGGAACGAUUGUUCUGAGUGGUGUAUUCAAAUUUGUUCAUUCUUUGAAGGGAAUCAUUCUAUUCUCACCAUUCGUCGCUCUAGUCAUGUAUAGGGUUGGCCAAUUCUAAUAAAGUCGAUGUGUUGAUGUGAUAAAUAAUGUUGA